AUGAGAAAAAAACCGUUUGUACAAUUAUUUCUUUAUGAACUUGGACUUGAAAAUGAAUUAAAUGAAAUUAGUAUUAAAACGGGCAAAGUUUUAUUUUAUUCUCGUUAUGGUCAAUUAAUAUUUGAAGAUCUUCGUGGUUUAGAUGGAGGUUAUCGUUGGCCUAUGUGUUCAAUACAUCGAGGAUAUCUUCAUCAACUUUUAUUUCGUCAUGUGCAACAAAAAUUAGGUCAUUCAUCUAUUAAACUUUCACAAAAAUGA